AUGACGACCACAACAACAACCAAGACCAAGGCGACCGCAAAGGCCGGCACCAAUGCCGCGCCCAAGCAAAAGACACAGAUGCAUCGCCGCUCAAGGACAGGAUGUUACACAUGCAGGCUGAGGAGGAAGAAGUGCGACGAGGGUUCUCCCAUGUGCACAGCUUGCAAGCAUCUCGGGCUUCAAUGCGAAUACAAGAGGCCAAUGUGGUGGAGCAACAACGAUUUGCGGAGGAAGCACAAGGAUGAGAUCAAGAUGAUCAUCAAGAGGAAGAAGCUUUCGGAGAAGUCGUCGCAUACCAUCCAGACCUCAAUCAACACACCGCCCGGCCUCUCGCACUCGCUCCCGACGUCAGCGACCUUUUCGGGUCCGCUUGAUCGCAACAGGUCCGCUUCGAUCGAUUCGCAUUUUGGCUUCAACUUCAACAGCCCUCACAAUGGCCAAGAUUUCACACCAUUUGCGACGCCACAAAUAAACAUCAAUGGAGAGUUCAUCUUCCCACCCUUCUCUCCCUACGAGAUCGACAUGAAGACCGAGCGGCAAAUAUUCAUCAACGAUGUCCCGACCCUUCGUGAAUCAACAGUAUCAACCUUCAGCACAUAUCAGACCCCGCCUCCUCCGGGUACAAUUCUCCCGUCAUUCCCUCUGGAAGGUGAAUGGACCGAGCAGGUGUUCUCGGAGCGGAGAGAGUCGUUGACGGAGGAGACUUUUAAUGCCAACUUCUUCGACUUUGCUUGCGAUCCGGCCUUGGCUUCUUCGCAAGUGGCAGUUGAGUUGGAUGAGGGUGACCAGAAGCUCUUCGAUCACUUUGUGCAACACGUUCUUCCGACCAUCUUCCCCAUUCUGGAAUCCAACCAGCAUGGCUCAAUCAGCUCUGAGCUCAUUCUCCCAUCACUGGCCAACAACAAGGGUUACCUGCACUGCUGCUUGAGCAUUGCGGCGCAACACUUCAAGUCUACAACGGGCAUUCAGAGCGAGGAGAUCGACAACGACAUCAUGCGCCACCGCUAUGCCACCAUCACCUGGCUGUGCGAGGCACUCAAUCGCGAUGAGAACCACCAGCCAAUUCUCGAUGCCACCCUUGGCUUGAUUUUCUUUCAGUGCAUCGUUGGCCGUCCUGAGGAUACUCUUCCUGAUAUUCCCUGGCACCAACAUUUCCAAGCGGUGGUAUCGCUUGUGCAGAAGCUCGAUCUUGCUGGACUUGUAUCGGAUCUCGCCAAGCCUCUCGCCCACACCCCUUUCAACAUGACACUCACGUCUUGGAUUGACAUCUUGGGCGCCACCAUGCUGGGUAGUUCCCCCAUGUUCGCGCACACCUACCGCCACAAGCAUCUUUCGGUCAACAACCACUCGCUCGGCCUGCGUGAGUUGAUGGGCUGCGAAGACCGCGUCAUGUAUCUCAUCUCGGAGAUUGCCUGCCUCGAGUCGCUCAAGAACCAGGGCAUGGACGACAUUACCCUUUGCCAGCACGUCCGUGGCCUUGGCGACGAGAUCAGCAAUACCGAGAUCAACGAGGGCACGCUCGUCGAGCCUUACAACGCCAACGGCACCCUGAGCCCUAAACAACUGAGCAAGAACAUCACCGCCGCCUUCCGUCUUGCUGCUCGCAUCUACCUCUGCAGCCUGGUCCCGGGCUUCCACCCUGCCCAGCCCAGCUGCAUGGGUCUCGUCGAGAAGCUCACCGCGGUCCUCCAGCUGAUCCCCUCGGGGGUCAACGGGUAUGACCGCUCACUCACCUGGGUCUACCUGAUCGGUGGAUCCGUCAGCGUGGACGGCUCCUCCUUCCGCGACUUUUUCGAGACCCGCAUCGCCCAGCUCGGCGACGCGGCCAGCUCGGGCAGCUUUGGACGCACGACCGUCCUCCUUCGCGAGACCUGGGUGCAAUAUGCGGCCGCCGUGGCGGCGUACGAGGCGUCUAAGGCGGCAGCGGGAAAUUCAUCUCCUCAGCCACAAGAGCCUUACGUCAGGUGGCGGGAUGUCAUGCAGACCGAGGGAUGGGACUACUUGCUCAUCUAG